CAAAAUAAUUUACAUAACCUAAUUGUUGUGUUGUCAAAAAGAUGAUGUAAACAGAUAAGUGGAGGCUUUUUUUCAAUAAUUAAGAAAUGGUUGACUUAAAGAAAGAUUUGGAUGAGUAUUUACUCUUACAGAGUGAUCAAAAGAAAUCGUUCAAAUUGCAAAUACCAACUAUACAAACGCCAAAUGUAUCUGGAUGGUUUAGGAAAGAACAAACUCAACAAGAGGAUACUUGGUUUCAGGAGACUAAAAAGGAAUAUUGUCCAAGCCUGUCACGACUGCAGAGAAUGGUAUUAUUUGCAGUUUGUGUUGGAUUGGGGUUAUUGUGUUUUUCAAUAUCACUAAUGUAUAUUCCUGUUCUUUUAUUUAAAGCUAGGAAGUUUGCUUUAUUAUUUACACUUGGUAGCACUUUCUUUAUAUUAAGUUUCUUCUUUUUGUGGGGCCCAUUGGCAUUCCUGAAGCAUAUGUUUGCAAAAGAAAGACUGUUGGUAACUAUAACAUAUGGAGGAACUUUAGUGGCUACACUUUACUGCGCAUUACAUCUUCAAAGUACCCCUUUUACAGUGCUUUUCGCUGUUUGUCAAAUUAUUUCUUUAGUGUGGACUGUGUUAGCAAAUAUACCAGGUGGAACAGCUGGUAUUUCAAUAAUGUCUAAAAUGUUUAGUAGAUCAUCUGGAAAUACUUUACCUAUUUAGUAUUUUAUCAGACAUUUGUACAUUUUUCGGCUUUUUUAUAUUUAUUGAUUACAAUUAAAAUUGACAUUAAACAAUUUUUGA